GGAGGGACGGCGGGGUGGAGGGAGAUAGACCCAGCCCAGAGCUCUGAGUGGUUUCCUGUUGCCGUCUCUAAACCCCUCCACAUUCCUGCAGACCUUCAGACUGCCCGGAGAGCGCUCUGCCUGCCGCCCGCCUGCCACUGAGUGUUCCCAGCACCAUGAGGGCCUGGAUCUUCUUCCUCCUUUGCCUGGCCGGGAGGGCCUUGGCAGCCCCUCAACAGCAGGAAGCCCUACCUGAUGAGGCGGAGGUGGUGGAGGAGACCGUGGCUGAGGUGGCCGAGGUUCCUGUAGGAGCCAACCCAGUCCAGGUGGAAGUAGGAGAGUUUGAUGAAGGCACUGAGGAAACUGAGGAAGAGGUGGUGGCUGAAAACCCCUGCCAGAACCACCACUGCAAACACGGCAAGGUGUGCGAGCUGGAUGAGAACAACACCCCCAUGUGCGUGUGCCAGGACCCCACCAGCUGCCCUGCCCCCAUUGGCGAGUUUGAGAAGGUGUGCAGCAACGACAACAAGACCUUUGACUCUUCCUGCCACUUCUUUGCCACAAAGUGCACCCUGGAGGGCACCAAGAAAGGCCACAAACUCCACCUGGACUACAUCGGGCCUUGCAAAUACAUUCCUCCCUGCCUGGACUCUGAGCUGACCGAAUUCCCCCUGCGCAUGCGAGACUGGCUCAAGAAUGUCCUGGUCACCCUGUAUGAAAGGGAUGAGGACAACAACCUUCUGACCGAGAAGCAGAAGCUGCGAGUGAAGAAGAUCCACGAGAAUGAGAAGCGCCUGGAGGCCGGAGACCACCCUGUGGAGCUGCUGGCCCGAGACUUUGAGAAGAACUACAACAUGUACAUCUUCCCCGUGCACUGGCAGUUCGGCCAGCUGGACCAGCAUCCCAUUGAUGGGUACCUGUCUCACACCGAGCUGGCCCCACUGCGUGCCCCCCUCAUCCCCAUGGAGCACUGCACCACACGCUUCUUCGAGACCUGUGACCUGGACAACGACAAGUACAUUGCCCUGGACGAGUGGGCUGGCUGCUUCGGCAUCAAGCAGCAGGAUAUCGACAAGGAUCUUGUGAUUUAAAUCCAUGCCUCCUGCCGCAGUAUCCGGAUUCUGUCUCUCUGACCCUCCCCUUCCUGUUUCCCCCAAAGUUUAAAAUGUUUGGAUGGUUUGUUGUUCUGCCUGGGGACAAGGUGCUAAUAUAGAUUUAAAUGAAUACAUUAACGGUGCUAAAAAUGGAAAUUGUAACCCAAGUCAUGACAUUCUUAGUGGUAAUUCUUCUCUUACGGUCUCUUACCCACUAAUGGUCCCAUUUUUCUCUUGCCAUUUGCAACACUGCCCACUGUCUUACUGGACUAUGGGUGGAAACUCUGAUCUGCUCCUGUCUUCCUUAAACAGGCUUUGCAUCUUCUGAUUUUCUCCCUACUUCUCUGUUUGAAACUAACACUCACCGAAUCAGACUUUGUGUUAAUUUUAUUUCAGGGUGUUGGCUGCCUGGCGGAAUCUUCCCCAGAUGGCCAGGAGGUGGGCAAAGGAAAGUAACAGAUGUAUGAUGUUGGCAAGGAUGUUUCUGGGACUAGAGGACAAGAGGUGGGAGAAAUCCUUGCAGGAUCAGAACUGCAGCUAGCAAGUCUCGUUUGCCUGAGGCAGCCACCGAGAGAAAACAAUCUGGGGCCUCGUUAGGAAAACAUAUAAACUCGCACAUGACCCAGUUCCUCACCCUUUCCCCCCUCACCUUUCACAGCAGUUUCUUUCCACAUUAGGCUGUUUGUUCACACUUUGGGGGCUGAGGACCACCAGUCCUCCAUAACCCCACAGAGCCUCUGGGGGUUGGACCACCACUCGCUACAGGGCUCUCUCCUCCUAACUGCCUUUGGGAGAUGUAGGCUUCUCGGGGCACUGGGGACUGGGCAGCCAUUUCGGGCAGAAAGGCCAAAAUCAAGAGCGAGACAUAGAAAGUUGUAAAAUAGAAAAAGUGGUUUGUGAAAUUUUUUUUUCCUCAUGUUUGGAUGGCUUCAUGAGGUUUCUAGCAUGUUCCUCCUUUUUUUUUUCCUUCUUUAAUCAUGAGAAAUCUUCAAAGUCAAUGGGAUGUUCGUAUCUCACAGGCUGAGAACUCGUUCACCUCCAAGCAUUUCAUGAAAAAGCUGCUUCUUAUUAAUCGUGCAAACUCUAGCCAUGAUGUGAAGAGUUUGGCAAAUCUUUCAAAAUAAAAAGUAAUGAAUUAAACUGCC